CUGCCUUACAGGUGACACCCACCCACCACGGUAUAAAUAGCCACCAGCGAGGACAGGAGGCUGCAGUCUGAUCUUCUGUAUCGAGCUGUGCAGCGGGCUUUGCAUUUGGGGCUGGACAUCGGAGUGCUUCCACCAUGAGCUGCAGCAUCAAGAGGACAUCGAGUACCUCCUACAGGAGCGGCGGAGGCGGAGGCGUCUGUGGCGGCGGUAGCGGCAGGAGCUCCUCCGUCUCCUGCAGGCGAUACGCCUCCUCUGUGAUAGGCGGUGGAAGCUACGGAGGGGGAGCAUGCAGCUCUGGCUACGGAGGGGGCAUGAGCGCUGGCAGCCUUGCUGGUGGCUUCGGUGGUGGCUUUGCAGGAGGCUUUGGGGGUGGCUUUGCCGGAGGCUUUGGUGCUGGGGGGGACAUCCUUCUGAGCGGCAAUGAGAAGGUCACCAUGCAGAACCUCAAUGACCGCCUGGCUACCUACCUGGACAAAGUACGAAGGCUGGAGGAAGAAAACGCCCAGCUCGAGCACCACAUCCGCGAGUGGUACAGGAAACAAGCUCCCAGUGCUUCAAAGGACUACAGCUCCUACUACCAGACCAUCGAUCAACUCCAAAACCAGAUCAUUUCUGCCACUGUGGACAAUAACAAACUGCUUCUGGACAUCGAUAACAGCAAGAUGACUGCUGAUGACUUCCGAAUGAAGUAUGAGAAUGAGCUGGUCAUCCGUCAGACUGUGGAGGCUGAUAUUAAUGGCUUGAGAAAUCUCCUGGACGACCUGACUCUAGUUAGAUCUUCACUGGAAUCCGAGCUAGAGUCCCUGAAGGAUGAGCUGAUUGCUCUUAAGAAAAACCAUGAGGAGGAAAUGAGAGAGCUGCAGUCUCAAAGUGGCGGCGACGUGAGCGUGGAGGUCAAUGCUGCCCCUGGAGAAGACUUGACAAAGAUCCUGAACGACCUGAGAAACGAAUACGAGCAGCUCAUUGAGAAGAACCGCAAAGAGGUUGAGCAGUGGUAUGAAGUCAAGAUUGAAGAAGUCAAUCAGCAGGUCACUUCUAGCAGCCAGGACAUCCAGACAAGCAGCCACCAGCUCACGGAACUGAGACGCGAAAUGCAGAACCUGGAGAUUGAACUGCAGGCGCAGCUCAGCACGAAAAACUCUCUGGAAAACUCCUUGGCGGAAACCGAAUCUCGCUAUGGCUGCCUGCUGCAACAAAUCCAAGGGCAGAUUAACUCUGUAGAGGAGGAGCUGGCCAGCAUCCGCUGCGAGAUGGAGAGUCAGAACCAGGAGUACAAGAUGCUCCUGGGCAUCAAGACCCGCCUGGAACAGGAGAUCGCUCAGUACCGGGCACUGCUGCAGGAGGGACAGCAAGACAUUGUUGCCUCCCAAGCAGCUUUCCAAGGAGGUGGAAAAUCCUCCCAUUCAUAUUCUGCUUCCUACUCUCAUUCCCAGUGUGGUGACGUGAUAGGACAGUCAAGAGUGUACUAGGACAAUACAACGAGACAUGAACACGGACAUGGACGGGAGACUGAACCCAGCACUUCUGCAGUGCAGCUGAUGCAGCUGAAACUAUUUGGAAGGAGUGCCUGGCCACCUGCCUCAUCACCCCUUCUUCCAUUCUGCAAUGCUUAUCUUACCCAACUUGUCUUUGUCAACUGGUUCUUUGUUUAAGGGCUUAAUUCUGCUGGUAACACUGCGUCUAAUAAAACUUUACAUCUGCAAUGCAAAUAAAA